GUGAUGGUGAGGAGGAAUGCAGGAAAUGGGCACCAUCAGGCCGUGCUGUAUUUGCCCCAGCUUUUCAAAUUGUAUGCAUCUUCCAUUGAGGGUCAUUUAUUCCUUUAUCCGUUCUGCUAUGUGGCGACCGUGCUCGGGUGUCUCCUGUGUGCCCGCCCCGGUGCUAAAGGAUAAUGAGGGUCCUGGACAAACUCCCUGCACUCCACAGAGGGAUGAUCAGCAUUGAACAAAACGCUCCAAGUGGGCUCACAUUAUGACAGUCUCAGGUGCUAAUAGGAGUCUUUGCGUGGUGGUGGGCACAGGGGAGCCCUAACCUAGCCACCGGGAGGCUGCUCCAGGAGGCUGAGACGUGAGGGCCAUGUAAGGGAUUUUGGAAGGGACCGAGUGAAGGAUCUAGUAUAUGUAUUAGGUUAUUCGCAUCAGCACUCAUAGGGCCAUCUCCAUCAUUUUUUAUUUAGAUAUUUGUAGUCUUUUGCGAAUGCAGACAUUUAUAGUGCAAGGAGCAUUCUUACUGCGUACUUGCCCUUGAGUGUACUUGCCCUUGAGUUACAUGUGAGGUCAAAGGAUAAAUUGAUGGAAGUGGGAUGAAUGAAUCAUAGGGCUGAUUGGCAUUUGAAAUGAUCUGAUCUCACCUCUCAUCCACUGGGAGAGUGGGUCUGGGUUUCUGGCUGCCUAAUCAGGGCCACAACCCUUGUAAGUUGGGUGGAAAAACUCAUCUUCAUUCCUCAUCUCCAGACAGGGGUGUCCUGACCACCGGUCUCUUCACAGGACAAGGGUGUCCCCCACCUGAAGACGACCAGCCAGGCCCUGAGAGAUGCUCCUGAGCUGAGUGCCCACUGCCCCACCCUUCCCCAUGGAGAAAGGACUCGCUUUUCCCCAGGACUGCCGGGACUUUCUGCACAGCCUGAGGAUGAGGAGCAAAUAUGCCCUUUUCCUGGCUUUUGUGGUGGUGGUUUUUGUCUUCAUUGAAAAGGAAAAUAAAAUCAUAUCAAGGGUGUCAGACAAGCUGAAGCAGAUCCCACAACCCCUGGUGGACGCCAACAGCACCGACCCGGCCCUGAUCUUGGUGGACAACGCGUCCCUCCUGUCCCUGAGCGAGCUGGAUUCAGCCUUCACCCAGCUGAAGGGCCGCCUGCGGAACCUGAGUCUGCAGCUGGGUGUAGAGCCCGCCGGGGAGGCCGAGGCCAGGCUGGAGGCCGCGGCCCGGGAAGGGGGGCCAUCCGGGCCCACCCAGGCCCGGCCGCGGCGCCACGUGCUCCUCAUGGCCACCACGCGCACCGGCUCCUCGUUCGUGGGCGAAUUCUUCAACCAGCAGGGCAACAUCUUCUACCUCUUCGAGCCGCUGUGGCACAUCGAGCGCACCGUGACCUUCGAGCCCGGAGGCGCCAACGCGGCGGGCGCGGCCCUGGUCUACCGCGACGUGCUCAAGCAGCUGUUCCUGUGCGACCUGUACGUGCUGGAGCACUUCAUCAGCCCGCUGCCCGAGGACCACCUGACCCAGUUCAUGUUCCGCCGCGGCUCCAGCCGCUCGCUGUGCGAGGAGCCCGUGUGCACGCCCUUCGUCAAGAAGGUCUUCGAGAAGUACCACUGCAAGAACCGCCGCUGCGGGCCGCUCAACGUGACGCUGGCCGCCGAGGCCUGCCGCCGCAAGGACCACAUGGCGCUCAAGGCCGUGCGCAUCCGGCAGCUGGAGUUCCUGCAGCCGCUGGCCGAGGACCCGCGGCUGGACCUGCGCGUCAUCCAGCUGGUGCGGGACCCGCGCGCCGUGCUGGCCUCCCGCAUGGUGGCCUUCGCCGGCAAGUACGAGGGCUGGAAGAAGUGGCUGGCCGAGGGCCAGGCGCGCCUGGGCGAGGAGGAGGUGCAGCGGCUGCGGGGCAACUGCGAGAGCAUCCGGCUGUCGGCCGAGCUGGGCCUGCGGCAGCCCGCCUGGCUGCGCGGCCGCUACAUGCUGGUGCGCUACGAGGACGUGGCGCGCUGGCCGCUGCAGAAGGCGCGCGAGAUGUACCGCUUCGCCGGCAUCCCGCUCACGGCGCAGGUGGAGGACUGGAUCCGCAGGAACACGCAGGCGGCCCAGGACGCCAGCGGCAUCUACUCCACGCAGAAGAACUCCUCGGAGCAGUUCGAGAAGUGGCGCUUCGGCAUGCCCUUCAAGCUGGCGCAGGUGGUGCAGGCCGCCUGCGGGCCCGCCAUGCGCCUCUUCGGCUACCGGCUGGCGCGGGACGCCGCCUCCCUGGCCAACCGCUCCGUCAGCCUGCUGGAGGAGCGGGGAACCUUCUGGGUCACGUAGGCCGCCCUCCUCGUCAAAGGCCCACCUGCCUUGCUCGCGCCCCGGCCGCCCCUGAGACGGUGGCUCCCGCAGAGAGGGUAGGGGGCGCCCGGCCAGCGGCCUCCCCCGCGGGCCAGGCCGUCCCCCCGCCGCAGCAGUAGGCGCCCCCCUCCGCCAGCUAGCUCUCCCACCGCAGCCUUGGGGCUGGGGUCUCCCCGAGAGCGAGCCGCUGCCUGUCCGGCAAGGACCGCCAGACCCAGGCCUAAGGGGCCGCAGCCUCCCGGGCAGGCCCUCGCAGGCCCACACGGGCCCAGAACUGUUGACAAGCCUUUUUCUGUCUCUGUCUCUGUCUCUGUCUCUCUCUCUCUCUCUCUCACACACACACACACACACACACACAAACAAAAAAAACAGGCAUAAAUGCCUGCAGACCCUGUGGGCCAGAGUCCGAGGGCUUAACCAGAAGGGACUGUGGGCACCGACUGGUCACAGGCUUCCUGCUGUACUCAUGUUCAUCUUUCAGUUUCUGGAUUUCUACACAACCCAGUGUGCCAUCUGCACGGAUCCCUGGGGAGGGACCGGAAUGGCCCAGAACGUCUGAGGAUGGCAAUUGAGGCUUUUCAACCAAGAGUGAUUCAGUAUUUUCAUAAAUGAAAUAGCCAUGCUGGUUACUGAUGAAAUCAGCCCUGCACAGAGCUACGAAACACACCUACAUGGGUAAAGACAGUGCCUCUACGUACACCACACACACACACACACACACAAACUGUAGAAAUCAAAUCCACGUAUACACAUCCACAGUCUUCCUUGUUGCUUUAGGCCCACAGGGUUUAACAAUCACACACCCAAAGAGGAGGCUUUAAUUACAUUUUUAGAAUCAUUUGGGGAUGGGGAAGGAAACAUGGUCCCAGGCCAUGACCCCAUUCCGACCAGAUUUGGGACUGAACGGUAGAUACAGAACGGCCGAGUCUGUGGCCCCCGCCUGCCUUGGUUUCUCCUGGCUACCUCCUCCGGCCCAUUCACGUCCUCCCUGCUGGCAGGCAGGAUGUUUUGAAAUGGUGGGCCAAGUCUCACGUGACUGCAGCCCAAAUGCCCCGUCCCAGCUGGGCUGGCUCCCUGAGAGCCUGUCCAUGUUUGAAGGCUGCCUCGGGCCUGACUGGAGCCAAAAAGCAGCUCCUGAGUCCUGCCAUUUCCAGUCAGGCCUUGUGUGGGGCCGGGCCUAGAAGAGAAUGCAGAGUGCUCUUGGGGGAGAAGUCACAUCAGGGUACCCCCUCCCCUGAGAAGACGGGGGACAGAGGUCAGCCCCUGGUUGGUCACCAUGGUUACAUGGUUAGUGUCUGGAAUUCCAGCUUUCAGGGCUCUGGGAAGAGUGUUGCUCAACUUGGGAUAGGCUGGGUGUUUUAUUUGGACUUUUUUAAAAAAAGUUAUUUAUAGUUUGGUAUCUUGUUUUGUGGCUAUGUUUCUGAUCUUGUUUCUGCAGGAGUGAUGCUUGGAAGUGAUCUGGGCUUGAGGGGGCUGGGAGGACCAGCAGGGAGCACUCUGGCUCCUGCUGAAGGGAGAGGAGGAGGAGGAGGAAGAGCUUUCCCCAGAAGGAACAGAGCCUAGGCGCCACCUGGCAUCCUGCAGUGCCCCACGGGCUUUUCUGUUUGAACCCCAUGUGGAAUGAAUCUCAGAAACCACCAGGGUUCUUUGCUGUCUAUCCAGAAGCAACAUAAAUCAGCUCUCACCCUCUCCCCGAGAUGAGGCCUGAUUUGAACGUCUCUUCCAGGUCCAAAUGCAUCUCCUGGGGGGUCAGGGGCCUAUGGCCAAACAGCAAAUGUCCCCAAACUGGGGAGCAGAAGUGAGUCCACUUCAGAACUCGAAGAGCUGCCCAAGUUCACGAGGGCUGUUUCUCAUUUCCUGGACAACUUCUAUGUCAGAUCUGUCCUGUUGUCAAACCCAGAGGGCUGAGUUUCGGUUUGAGUAACAUGGGCACAAGGGAAAUAGAGGAUCUGAGUCCAGCUGGUGCUGCCAUGGGGAGUGUGUCCUGGCCAGAAGCUGCUGUUUGAGAGGGUGGGACCUUAGCCAUUUGUGGGGUCUGUUAUAAUCACCGCAUUUGGAGCUGCUGGGUCUCCAUCCCCAUGGUCUACAGCCAUUCAAGGGGGUCUCCAGCCUUGGGUUUCCAGCCCCAGAAUAAGUUGUGCAGGGAGCUGGCUCUGAUUUGGGGUCCAAAGGGACUCCAGCUCUGCAAACUUGACCCCGGGGCAGAGCGAGACCCAGAUGUUUCUGCUGGCUGCUCCUCCCCAGCCUCACCCUGCUCCCUACACUGUUCCCCACCUGUGGUUGGUGGGGGCCGGGGCAGGACGGAGGCAAGCACCUCCAUCUGGGGCUCUUCUUGGGGCCCUCCUGGUGUGGACAGUAAACUGCUUCCUUCCUUCCUUUGCCUCUGGGGCCGAGGCAUCCACCCCCGAGCUCAGAGAACAGUGCCGAGAAUGGACCUUUGGGACUUCUCAGGACAUUGACAAUUUGUACACUGCACAUUGACUUAAUUUAUUUAUUUUGUGACAAAGGAGAGACAUAAAAUGCCUUAUUAUUUGCAGGGACUCAAAGCUGUACCCAAAUCAAGACAAAACAGUGAUAGAAAGCGUUGACUCACGCCAUGCACACGAGGACUCUCGAAGAUGAUUCAGAAUGCAAGAGAAGAGUAAACCCAAGGGCAAGGGGUUGCCCUGGCCCCAGGGUAUUGCUAAGGAGGUACCUUGGUUUUCUCUUGUUGCUUUGAAGAUGCGACUUCUAAGGCCCUUUCUGCUGUAUUCCCUUUGCCCUGGUGUCUGAGACAGGACACCACGCGCGCGCGUGAGUGUUGCCUUGGGGCUCAGCAGCGCUCUGGGAACCUUUGUGGUUUGGGGAAGGACAGGGUGGGGGCAACUACUGACUUUCCACUCUGGGGACCUGGUGGGGGUGCAUUUGUGGUUUUCAGCAGGCAGCUGGGCUGAGGAAGGGGGUCCAGCUAAGGCAAGUGCCUCCUUUUCCAGCAAGGCCAGCACAGGUUUCUCUGCUCUUGCCGGCUCUACCGGAGCUUUCCCCCCGCAUAGCGUCCACCUGCCUGCAGACAGGGAGCAGUUGAGGCCUUACCUCUGGGGCUGCCAGCUUCCCGGAACAAGAGGUCCAUUCAGCAGUGAGUGUUUACUCAUUUUCUUUUUCUUGACGAAGACCUCUUUAGCCUGGCCUAUAUAAAUAGUACAGAACAUUCCAGACCUUAGUGAGACAGGGGAGUGUCUUAACACCCACAGGCUGUCACCACUGCCUCCUAUUCCUGGUUUCUCCUCCAGCCUUGUUUGUACACCUUGGAGGGAAUAAGGCGCCAGGUUGGGGAUGGGGAUUUCAGGGACCAGUCGGUGGGGAGCAGGGUCCUUGAGUCCCCAGAGGGAGGAAGAAAGAAGCAGAUUCACAGCUCCGUGGCACCCUCCCACCUACUGCCCACCCCUCACUGCAGGUUAUCACCAAGCUCUUCCUGAGGUUGAGACAUGAACACAUUCUUGCCUUUGGUCCCUUUAUGUGAUGCAUACACUUGAAAAUAAAUAAGUAAAUGAAUAGGAAAAAAAAGUUCAAUGAAGAGUUUACUCGCUGUCAGUACCCUCAGCCUGGAUGGAAGCUUCUGCCCAGGGCUGGUGUAAAGGGGCAGCAGCUGACUGGAGCCCUGAGAGCAGAGGGCCUACCCCACCCAUCACAAGGGCAUCUUUCCCCCACCACCUCUGCCCUGUCUGAUGAUGGAGUAAGUUCCAGCAGGAAGUCAGGGGAUCCCUGUCCCAGAAGAUGCAUGCUUGGCCCGGAGAUGGAAGCAUCAGAUGGUCUGGUCCUGACCCCAAGGGUCUCUUCCAGCCCUGGUGGUCCUUUCCCACAUUAGGGGGGAAUGGACCUGUUUUAAUUGACUCUAGGGCCUGCCCCUUGAUUAUGAAGGAUUAUGAAGGACGGGAGCCGAAGACCAGAUGGCUGCAUCCCUGAGGCGGUCCCCUGGUCCCCUGGUCCCAUCCCCGAGGCUGAAAGCAAAGAUGGGUCUUGAGGGGAUGCAUUCCCAAGGCAGGAAGAAGAGGGGGUGGGCAUGGGGAAACGCAUCCUCAGAAGCCGAGUAGGCCUUGCUGAUCUGUGCAAAGCGGAAGGAGCAUCGGCUGAAGUCCGGGGGGCCCAAGGUGGCGGGUUUGCUAGUGGAGAUGCCAGGACGUGGUCCAGCCGGAUGAGAGGCGGAAGGCUCCUUGGGCACCUCCUGAAUGCAGCCGCAUCAGCUCUCCGCUGCCCACAACUUCAGGAAUAGUGGCAGCUGCCCUUUACCUCAACAGGAUGAAACAGAAGUGACAAGUUCAGAUGUCUUAAGAGCUUUGAGAUCUUUUGGUCUCGUGUGCUUCAUCAUUCCGUGACUGUGCCUGGAGGCCGGAGCAGUUGUGUGUGUCCACGGGUAUGGACGCGGUGCCACCCCCAUGGGCCAGCUCAUAAUGUAGACCAGGCAUUUUAUUGGGGGAAAUACCCUGCUUCCUCUACCAUUGGGAGUGAAUCGGGCACCCCAGAAGUCUCCAUCUGGUCCGUGUGUUCUAGGCCCCCUGUGCCUGGCUCCCCUGCUCCCUCCUGGGUCCCACAAACUCCAUUUUUUUGCCAAGCCCUCGGCCCUGUGUCACGGUUCAUGGUCAUGUGAUAUGGGACCCUCCCUUCAUGGCCGUGUGUGGCCGUGUACAUACGUGUCCACACGUGUGGAUGUGUAGCAUGCAGCUCGUUGUGCUCGGCCACGUGGCUCCAGCCCCUUGCCAUCACGUGCCCCGGCUGUCCUUGUCACGGCUACGGUCGGCCGUCUCCUGGAGACGCAGGGGGCUGCCCUUCAGAGAGCCCGUCAGGGUCUGCUUUGUGGAACAGAAUGUGAACCGUCACUCGAUGGCAUACUUGACUUAUUUAAUUAAAAAUGAAAACAUGCAGUGAGCAAAGUC